AUGGAGGAUCUACUUCUAGACCCCGCGAUUAGAUUAUGGGUGAUUGUUCCGAUUUUUCUCAUAACUUUUCUUGUUGGGGUGAUCAGACAUCACGCUUCGAUACUUUUACAGUCUGCUACGAAACUUGACGUUGAACAGGUGAAGCAGAGCCAUGCAUUGAUACGAACAAGGUUCCUGAGAGACCAUGGAAAAUAUAUUCCCAAAAAAUCUUUUUCAAUGCGGAAAAGCUUCUUCAAUGAUAAAGAAAAUGGAUAUUUGAAAACAAAGAAGCCAAAAUCUGCUCAGAAGAACCCAAUGCAAGAUCCAACGAUGAUGAUGGACAUGAUGAAAGGCAAUCUUACAAAUGUCCUCCCAAUGAUUGUCAUUGGUGGGUGGAUCAACUGGACUUUCUCUGGAUUCAUCACAACAAAAGUUCCAUUUCCAUUGACACUAAGGUUCAAAGCUAUGCUCCAGCGUGGAAUCGAACUUACAAGCUUGGAUGCUUCAUGGGUAAGCUCUGUGUCCUGGUAUUUUCUCAACGUGUUUGGUCUGCGAAGUUUGUAUUCUCUGAUAUUGGGAGAAGAAAAUGCUGCAGAUCAGGGCAGGGUGAUGCAAGAGCAAAUGACUGGCGGUCCAAUGCCAAAUGACCCAGGCAAAGCAUUUGAUGCCGAAUGGGAAGCGCUGGAGAUAACUGAUCAUGACUGGGCGAUGAAAAAUAUCGAAGAAGAACUUUUGAGUGAAUACAAGCAGAAUGAAGUUGUUUUUUACAGAAAGGACAAAAUGAUUUAAUUGUCUUAAUGAUAUCCCUAACUCGUUUUUCACAUGAUAUCCAAUUCAAUAUGAUACUUAUGAUGAGGUCAGUCUGAUAUAUUUUCCCUCUGAUCGACAUGCUUGCUUUGUGAAAAGUUUCUUAAAUGUUAUAGAAAUAGAUCCUUGACCACCGACAUAAUUUACAAUAGGAAGAUUUAAAUCUUGUUCCUUUUGAUGCAAAAAAAUAUUUAAAUAAAGUUAGGCAGCAAAAUAGAGAGGUUGAACAAGUUAGGCCAUAAUGGGACACCUUUGGGAAGCUAUGCUUGCCCAUUCUCUUCUUUUUUCGUGUAAACUUGCUGAUUUCUACCCAUAUGUGCAGGCAUCUUUUCUUUUGAAUUAAUAUUCUUAUAAUCCUUUGUUUUCAUCUCAAGAGCAAAUUUUCUAGAAUGUUGGUGUACUUAACUGCCCAGCCCAGAACAGUUCAGUUGUCAGUUAAUGCUUAUUUUAAAACUGUCAGAAAAUUGUAUGUUGAGAGAUUUUAGAUGGAAAACGUUUUUGUUGCUGA